AAAAGAAAUGUCUAAUACAAAGUUUGUUUUUUAGAAAAAAGUUCACAAAAUUCCUCCAAAUGUAACAAAUUUGAAGAGUUUAAUUGAGACAAUAAAAUCAAUAUAUAAGUAGCUUAACACAAUAUAUUUGUUUGCAAUAAUCAAUCCAGGUAAUGAUUUAAAUGUAUAAGAUUAGAGGAGACAGACUCAGUUGCAGAAAUAAGAAAUGAUAAUGACUUCUAAUAAUUAAUAGCACAGUAUAAGUAAAAUUAAUGGCCAACAAUAAAGUUGUUAGUAACAGAAACAUAAGACUAUAAAUAAAUUUUAAAAGACUCAUGGGGAGUUUUAAAUUAAAGCAUGGUUGGUUUAGAUAAUAAAUAAAGCAAAGAUGUUUGCACAUUAUCUUAACCAAUCUAAAUAGAUUAAUCGUAAUAAGUAGGUCCAUAAUCUGGAAAUUAAAGGUAUUGUAAAAUAUAUAUAUUAUAGUACAUAAGUUUAAGUAAAUUAAAUUGACAAUGGAUAGAAUACAAAUUAAAUAGAUUUUAGAUAAAAUGAAUAAUUAAAAUAAUUGAUAGCUGAUAUAGUAGAUUAAAGAUUAAGAGAAUUGUAAUUGAUGAAUAAGAAUCCAUAAGAAAAUUUUAAAGUUACUUUAACAUCAAAGAUUCCAAUUUUUACAGCAAUUCCAGGAAGAAAGAUAAUAGCCUAAAUGACUAUAUUAAAUAGUGGAGUGAGUUAAUGGAUUAAUGCAUCUUUAGAAAAUAGAGAAUUAGAAAUUUAUCAAAAACUUUCUAAUGUAUCAAGGGGUGAAUGUGUAACUGUUACUAUUGAUUUACCAUAUGUACCUGAACAUUUUUCUAAUCAAGAAUAAAAAAUAUAUAAAUUUUAUGUAUGAAAUUAAAUUAAAUGUAGGUAAUUUGCAAUAAUGAGAAAUAAUAAUUGUAGAAAAUAGAGAAUCCAAUAGAGAUAACUGUGAAAGCUCCAUAAUAAGAUAUAGUAGUUUAAUAACUUUAAAAUUUAUUCCCUUAGAAGAAAAGAGAAGAUUUAGUAAAAUAUGUUAACGAAAAGGGAAUAAAUAAGUCUUACGAUGAAAUAGUUGAAAUGCUCUUAUAAGAAUACUGAUAGAUUCUUUAAUUUAUGGUUUAGGAU